GUGAAAUUCCAGAGUCGUCGGCAGUUCAUGGUAUCAGAUGUGGUGCUUGUCGUGCUUGACAAACGAUUAUUUUGAGUUGAAGAGAUUGAUGUUGAACAACAGACAAAAACAACGAAGCAGUGAAACAACGCGAGUGAACAAAAGGGCAACCGCAAGAGAAAUUUGACACCACCACUAGUGCUUCGCGACGAGGAUUAAGGGACGCCAUUGGUUGCAACGGACGCCGUGCGUGGUGGCUACGGUUACGAAAACAAAAUGGCGACUUCCAUAGGCACGGUUUAAUAAAGAUUCGAAAUCUACGAAAGUGAAAGUUUGUGUCGCACUUAAGGGACGCCUGUGAUACUGAUAGGUUUGCUAGCCAUGGCUGUAUAUGAGUGGAGGAAUAAGAGACCUCGAUUUGCACAAACUGGUGCUGUAAUUUUCUUAAUCGCGUUUUUGAGCCAUCUGAAUCCCGCCGUUUGUCAAGGACCGGGCGUCUUUCCGCAGUUGAUCAACGCCGCCGAGCGGAAGCCGAUCUCCACCGCGCCGCCCAUCGGCACCUGCGGGUUCAACCCGUCGACGGGUGAGCUGAUCACCACGGCGUUUUGCCGCAGCUCAACUCUAGCUUCUUCGGUGACGACGUGCAAUCAGGCUAUUUGCUCCCAGGGAUGUCCUAGCAGGACUAGUUCGCCAGCUCCCACCCCGAUUUUGUCACCUACUUCCCCUUGUAUCAGGCGAGAUUCCCUGGAUGUACGGCCCUUUUCAGCAGUUGGAGCCACAUCGCAUAUUUUUGAUGCUGGUUGUUUCAUUUCUCCUGGAGUUGUGCCAACUGUUGGGGGCAAUGGAAGAUUUACUGUUUCUCUUUGGUUGAAACCAGAUUCAUCUUUAAACUCAACACGGGAAGGCACUUUAUUGGAGAAGCGGUCCAGCCUAACAGGCAGAAUCAUAUAUACACUUCUGGUGUCUCGGACCAGUGUGAUUUUCGAGUACAGGACCAGUCCAAGCUCUGCAUAUCUGAUCAGUGCACAGACAAAUAUCUCUCCAGUGCAGUGGACACACCUGGCUGUUCAGGUAUAUGACAGGAAAGUCAGUUUUUUCAUCAACGGCUUGGCUGCAGAUGGCACAGCCCUGGAAACCCAGACACUGCAGGGACAGAUGUACGAUGAGAGUAAUGCACAGACUAGAGUUGGACAGAGACUGACAGGUGGUGACCAAUAUCCCGGGCGAAUGCAGGAUUUCUACAUUUAUGCAGAGACGCUGACCAACCGAGAGAUUGUUGAGUUGGCCACGGGAUCCUUCCCAGAGGUCCAUGCUCAGUCUGAUUGUCGCUGUCCUGACUCCCAUCCUCGGGUCAACCCCCUGGACGAUAGGUUCUGUCUGAGGAACGGUGACCCUGACACCACCAUUGACAGGCAGUAUCGUCUGCGGUUGGACGCCUACCCUCUGGAGUUUGCCAAUGACGGGGAUGUGGGAAGCAGCUGGGUCUCCACAUUCACCGAUGACAUCAUGCUGUUCGUCGAUCUUGUCAGCGGAGAAUUCCAGGUUUUCUACGUGGUCCUGCAGUUCUACAGCCCCCAGCCCAGGGCGGUCACGAUAUCCCGCCGAGCCAACGACACGGCAGACUGGGAAGUCUGGCAGUACUACGCAGAUAACUGCACCACUGCAUUUGGCAUGCCCAACAAUGGACCCCUGCCGCUGCCCACCUCGAUCAACUGCCUGGAGUUUCCGACGGACCCACCUAUCCCCUACUCCAAGGGGAACAUCACCUUCCAGCUCCUGUCCCCCGAGCCCAUUGCCAGACCAGGCUACAACGAUUUCUACAACACCCCAGCCCUGCUGGAGUUUGUCCGGGCCACCCAGAUCCGGGUCCACCUGCAGAAUCACUACCAUAUCACCAACCGGCGACAUGCGUACUACGGCAUUGAGGAGUUGACCGUCAGUGCAAGAUGUGACUGCAGUGGCCAUGCAAUGGAAUGUGACUUGAGUGUAACACCCUACCAGUGUGUCUGCCUGCAUAACACAAUGGGUGAUCAUUGCGACUCGUGCCUUCCGCUGUACAACGACAAGCCGUUCCGUCACGGUGAUCAGGAGGCUGCCUACGCAUGCAAACCGUGCACCUGCUACAACCACGCCGACAGGUGUGACUACAAUGCCACUGUGGACCCCUUCCCAGAUGACCACUCCAGGGGUGGGGGUGGGGUGUGCAUUGACUGCCAGCAUAACACCGAGGGGCGUCACUGUGACCGGUGCCAGACAGGGUACUACAGGGAGGUCACUGCGCCCCUUGAUUCUCCUGAUGUGUGCAGGCUGUGCGCUUGCUACACCAAUGGCACCAUGGAGGGAUCAGGCGUUUGUGACAUGAUUGGCGGCCAGUGCCCCUGCAAGAACUUCACCACAGGCCGCCAGUGCGACGCCUGCCGACCAGGCUUCUACAACCUCCAGAGCUCCAACCCAUUCGGGUGUGAGGAUUGCGGGUGCCAGACAGCGGGGACUGUUGGGGGAGACUCCACCUGCCAUCAGGAGACGGGGGUUUGCAGAUGCAAGGCCAAUGUUAUUGGUGACAAGUGCGACCGAUGCAACUAUGGCUUCUUCAACCUGAGCAGAGUCAACCCGCUGGGCUGCCAGCCCUGCAGCUGUAACCCCAGCGGGGGCACCAGCCCUUACUGCAAUCCCGUCACGGGUGACUGCCAGUGCAACCCGGGCGUGCACGGCCGUGACUGCGACCAGUGCCUAGACGGGUACUUCAGUCUGGGGCCGGGAGGUUGUCUGCUCUGCGACUGCGAUGAGGCGGGCAGCGUGCCGGGCUCGUUCUGCAACAAGACAACGGGGCAGUGCCUCUGCAAAGCCAAUGUUGAAGGCCAUCGAUGUGACCAGUGCCGUGCCAACUCCUACAACCUGCAGCGCUCCAACCCAGGGGGCUGCAGCGACUGCGCCUGCAACACAGCGGGCACCGUCAAUGCCUCGCUGUCAUGCAACUCCCUGACGGGCACCUGCAACUGCAAGUCGCUGGUCAGGGGCCGCACCUGCAACCAGUGCCGCGGCAACAGCUGGGGGCUGGAGCCCUCCAACCCCAACGGGUGCCUGGCCUGCGCCUGCAACCCCACAGGCACCCAGCACGAUGGCAGUGGGACGCUGCUGGGCUGUGACCAGAACUCUGGCCAGUGCCCCUGCCUGAAUGGGCGGACGGGCCGGCAGUGUGACCGGUGUGCAGUGGGCUAUUUGUCCCCGGAUGUUGGCGGUGGUUGUCUCCCCUGUAACUGUCACCCCCUCGGUUCAGUAUCGAAUGCCUGCAACACUGUGAACGGCCAGUGCCAAUGCAGGGACCCGUCAACGUCGGGGGUGUCGGGACGACAGUGCGACAGCUGUUUGCCGGAAUUCUGGAACUUCGGGGACCUGACAGGAACAUGUCAGCUUUGCAACUGCAAUCCAGCCGGUAGCCUUAACACCACGUGUGAGCCCACUAACGGCCUGUGUGAAUGCAAGGAACUGGUGACUGGCCGACGGUGCGACACGUGCAAGAGUGGUACCAGCAACCUGCAGGCUGGUAACCCGCUGGGCUGCAGCAAAGCCCCAGAGCAGCAGCCGGCCCCCAGCUGGAGUGCCCUGACACCCUUCUCCCUACGACUGGUCUGGGAUCCCCCUGAUGCACCCAACGGCAACAUCCUGGAGUACCGAUUGUACAGGGACGGGGCGUUGGUUUACAGUGGGCUGUAUGGCAACGAUCCCCUCAGCACCCAAGAGUACAACGAUACUGGUCUAGCACCCUACACACAGUAUACCUACUAUGUACAAGCUGUUAACGAAGCAGGCACUGCCUCCAGCCCGCCGAUCACCGCCACCACUCCCGACGCCAUCCCUGCCAACUUUGACGUUCUCACCAUCACCAACGUGGGGGCGCGCACCGCUCAGUUCUCCUGGUCUAAACCAGUCCAGAUCGUGGCCCCGGUCACGCGGUACAUCUUGUCCUCAGUCACGCCCAGCCAGCCGGCCCCACCCACCCAGCACUACAGCGGGGGUGCCACCAGCUACACGGCCAACGAUUUGAUCCCCUUCACCAACUACACGUUCUUUCUGAUGGUGUGCACGGCCAGCGACUGUGGGCGGGGCAUCGGGAAUGUCGCAUACACCCCUAUGGCCCCUCCUGAAGGGGUGCAGGAAGCAAAUGCGGUUGGGGUUAGCACCACAGCAUUCUUUAUCAGUUGGGCACCCCCGACGGAACCAAAUGGCAUCAUCACCCAUUAUGAGCUCUUUAUGCGAGGUUUGCCGGGCCUGGACGGCCUGCGUGACCCGCCCGAGACACGCAUUUUCUUUCCGGCUGGCUACUACAAUCCUAGACCUACCCUAACACCCCUGGAGACGCCCGCAGAGCCCCCGGCCACCAACUUCACCCAGGAUGGGCUGGAGCCCUUCACCGCGUACGAGUUCAAGGUGACGGCCAGGAAUGCCGCCGGGACCGGGGAGAGCAAUUGGGCUCGGGCACGGACUCUGGAAGCAAUGCCCGUGUUCACCCCAGCUCCAUUUGCCUACGGCAUCACCAGCUCCCAAUUGAAUGUCACCUGGCAAGCACCCACAGAGAGACAGGCCCUAGGCUUCAUCGUCCGGUACAACCUCUACCAGAUUGUGCCAUCUCAGGACCCCUUUGCUCCACCGGAGAUCGAGUCGUUGAUUUACACAUCCAAUGGAACCUCCAACUAUUUUGUCGUGAAUGACCUCCAGCCCUACGCUCUCCACGAGUUUGUCGUCGAGGCCUGUAACAGCAUCGGCUGCGUGAAGAGUGACCAAUCAUCCGGACGAACACUUGAAUCAGUUCCCGAAGGUCUCCAACCACCCUCUGUGGACGGCUACAAUUUCUCCACAAUGUCAGUCACCUGGGACCCCCCUCUGCAACAGAAUGGUCCCACCCCAUUGUACACCGCCGUGCGCACCGUAGCAUCUUUCAACUCUCACCCGCCGAGGGUAGAAAAGGGUGCGAGGUUUCCCGGAGGGGCUUACUACUUGUUCCCCAGCUCCACGCUGCCCAGCUCGGCUUACACAGGGAUUGAGUUUGAGUUCCGAGUGGAGCGUCUGACCUCGCCAACCAUGCCCGUCGAUGCCUUGCUCCUCCUAGCCGUAUCACCUGAAGAUCAGGAAGAGAUUGUCGCUAUCCAGCUUCGCAACGGUCGCCCCUGGUUCCUGUUUGACCCCCAGGGUGGGAUUGCAGCCGUGACGCCCACCAACGAUAGGGGUCGGAGGUACGACGAUGGGCAGUGGCACCGUGUGCUUGCCGUGCGCAACGGUGUCAUAGGGACCAUCACAGUGGAUGGGGUGUACACUGGUCAAAGCUCGGCCCCCACUGCGUCCACCAUCAUCGGUGUGACCACUGGUCUCUACGUGGGCGGUCUGCCUCCGGACUUUGUCCUGUCCAGAAUGGACACUGGCAACAGCACCCUGAUCCAGCGAUCGUUCGUCGGCUGCAUGCGCGGCCUGCGGGUGGAGAGGCAGCAUCGCCCUGCCCCGUUGUGGGAGGAUCUAGGGUGGGAGGCAGCAGCGGAGAGCCGCAACACAGUGCCAGGAUGGCAGGGGUGUCCCAUGGAGCGAGCAGAAGGGGUGCACUUCUUGGGAAGAGGGUAUGCUAGUCUGCCAGAGGGGACGGUUACCAGCGGGCCUGCAUUCAUCGUCACCAUGGAGAUGAGAACCCAGCUGAGUUCGGGACUGAUCAUGUUUGGCUACGCUACAAGUGGGGCUUUCUUCCUACUGCAACUUGUUAACGGGGACUUGGAGCUUGUCAUUCGCACAGGUGCGGGCAACCCUGUGACCCUGUCCACCUCGGGGGCCAGCCUCUGUGAUGGCCAGUGGCGCUCGCUCACCUUGGCUCAGAACGGCGGCCAGGUGAGCAUGGGUGUGCUAGGUGGACAGCAGGCCGUGGGGUCAGGGGACAGCACCCCACUGGUCGUCACAUCACAGCUUUUCGUGGGCGGCGUGCCCGAGGACUCGAACGCCAUGGAAUUCGUUCGGGGUGCGGGGCUGACACUGCAGUCAGGUUUUGGUGGAUGCAUGCGUCAGUUGGUGGUUAGCGGACAGAGGCUUGACUUCUCUGUCCGCAGUGUCCAACUGUCCAAUGUGUACUUGGACGGCUGCCCGGCUGAGACCACGACCUCAGGCGCCUGCAUGACACCAAUCACUACCCCAGUGUAUACAGGCCAAGGCACCAGCUUUGGGGAUCACGGACUGCAGACUUACACAGAGUACUUGUAUCGAGUGACUGCCACAAAUAAUGCAGGAUCAACCACCAGCUCAUGGGUGGGAGGCAGAACAAGAGAAGGGCCCCCAACUGGCGUGACCCCGCCCACCGACCCCGUGGCCCUGAGCGGUUACAUCAUCCAGCUGAGCUGGCAGCGUCCUACCGGCAACACCGGUCUCCUGCUGCACUACGUCCUGACGGCUUACGACCAAGAUCGGACAGGGGCAGAGCCUAUCCGGAUGUCCCACAACGACACGGGGCCCUCCGAGUAUACAGGUAAUAUCACGGAUGCGAUCCCGUUCACCAGGUAUGCGGUAACCGUCACAGCCUGCACUGCGGGGGGCUGCACAGAGAGCUCAUCAGUGCCGGUCAUGACACUCCAGGAAGCACCUGAAGGUGUCAAUCCGCCUGAGGCCACAUCCACUACGGCGGACACCAUUGCCCUGGCGUGGCUGGAACCAGACCGACCCAACGGUGUCAUCAUCAGUUACACAUUACGCAUGAACGACCUGGCAGUCUACACUGGCCUGCAGCAGGUGCACACCGAGUCUGGCCUCCAGGUCUACACGGGCUACAGGUUCAGGGUCAGAGCUUGCACUGCCAUUGGCUGCACCGACAGCCCCGAGGUCAGCAUCACCACCGCCCAGCAACCCCCGACUUUUGUUCCCCCGCCCACCUUGCUGGUGAGGGGUCCCACCUCUAUUGAGGCCAGCUGGGUGGAGCCUCCCCAGCUGAAUGGCCGCUUGGAGAGAUACGUGCUCUACCUGUCUGUCCGGCCCGGACAGACUGGCGAAGAGGCCUAUAACUCCACGGUCCUGGUGCGGAGUUACGUCCUCGCUGAGUUGACAGCCGGAUCUACGUAUCUGGUGACCCUCAGUGCCUGCACAGGGGGAGGAUGUACCAACAGUGCACCGGCCACUGCUCGCACUGAGGAGAGCAUUCCGGAAGGUGUACCAGCCCCCUCAGUGACUGUCAUCAGCCCCUAUGAGCUCCUUGUGUCUUGGACUCCACCGGAGAAUCCAAACGGAAUUAUUACCAGGUACACCUUGAUCCAGGAUGGCUCAGCGGUCCUCUCCAAUCUCAGCCUGGCCUACCGGUCCUCGGGCCUGGCCCCCCACAGCCUUCACAUCUUCCGCCUGGAGGCCUGCACCUCCCGCGGUUGCGCCUACGGUCCCGAGACCUCGGCCCGUACCGCCGAAGCGCCGCCCGUGGGGAGCAUCAUGCUGGGCGUGUUUGUGACAGACGCCCGCACCGUGUCAGCACGUUGGACGGCCCCGAAUAAUCCCAACGGAAUCCUGCACUACGAAGUACUUUUCACCGGGAUAUUUUACGUCUCACCUGAGAUGGGAAACUACAACACCAUCUCCCAGACCAGAACCCUGCUCAACACCACCGAUGUCAACGUGCUGGUGGCCAUCAGCGGUCUGAUCCCGGACUCGGCUUACACUGUGCAAGUCCUAGGGUACAACACCAAAGGCAGCCUACUCAGCAACCAGCAGAACGUCCGCAUGCCCAAUGGCAGUCCCGAUGGUGUUUUCCCACCAACACUGGUCACCCUGUCAUCUUCAUCAAUUCGAGCCCAGUGGCAGAGCCCGGCAAGGAACAAUGCUCCUGGCGAUGCCAAGUACCAGCUACAGUUCCGGCCUGUCCUGCAGCCGGGUCUCCAAGAAGACCUGUUUGGCAGUCCCGUCAGCGUGACCAGCUUCACCAAGACUGGCCUGAGUCCGUACACCGAGUAUGAGUUCCGUGUCAUAGCGAGUAACAACUUUGGUGAGACAGAGAGCGACUGGACGGCCGCACUCACAUCAGAGGCUGCACCGGGACCAAUCGACCCUCCCAUGGCAACCAUUGUGGAUGCCUACAACAUGCUGGUCACCUGGGAACAGCCCGAGGAACCCAACGGCGUCAUCACCACGAUCAGACUGUACCAGAACAACCAGCUGAGAGAGAUUCUCCCAGGCAAUGCAACCCAGUUCCUUGCCGAUGGAUUGACACCCUACACCAAUUAUAAUUUCCACGUCGAGAUGUGCAACGGUGCGGGAUGCACCAGCAGUCUGCACUCAAAAACCUACAGGACACCUCAAGCAGUUCCCUCUGGACUGGCAGCACCCACCUUACGCUCUGAGACGCCAACCUCUGUCCUGAUAACCUGGUCCACCCCAGAUGCCCCCAGCGGGGUCUUGACCAGCUACCAGAUCCAGCGUCGGGUCCGGGGUUCUGCCGCCGUCACCACGGUGGUCUCCAUAGGGCCGGCGAGCCCCCUGGUCUACCUGGACCAGUCGCCGGCCGUCACGCCUUACACCGUCUUUGAGUACCGGAUCCGCGUCAGUAACGGCGUCGGGACAUCUUCAAGUCCCUGGCAGACUGUCACCACACUCUCCGCUGCUCCAGGGGGAGUAAACGCACCCACCGUAACCAUCCUCAAUCACGAGUCAGCACUGGUCACGUGGCAGCCACCGGUGCACAGCAACGGUGACCUCAUCAGCUACACCAUCCGGAUGCCACAGCCCCGCGUGUACAUUGGGGACACCAACACCACCAGCAGAGUGGUCAGCGGUCUGGUGCCCUACACCAACUACAUGGUGACCAUCGAGGUGUGCACCAUCGGUGGCUGUACUGAGAGCAGUGCCACACCCGCCCAGACUGACCCUUACAUCCCCGGGGGCCAGGCUCCCCCUAGAGGUGAUGCCAUCACCCAGACCUACAUCUCGGUCAGCUGGGGUCCCCCCACUGGUCCCAACGGGCCCAACAUCAGGUACGAGCUGCACCGGAUGAAGAUCAGGCAACCACUGCAGUCAGGGACCCCUACCGGCAUUGGCUUUUGGCAGCUCAUUUACAGUGGAACGCAAAACUUCUACGCCGAUCUGGGACUGACGACUUACACCACCUACCAGUAUCGGGUCACUGUCUCCAAUGACGUGGGCUCUUUGACUUCUAACUCCAGUGGGGAGGUCACCACGCUGGCCGGUCGGCCAUCUCUCGGUGCUACGCUUUCAGCCGUGGCUCUCGAUCAUGUGACUGUGUCCCUGACAUGGACGACACCUACCCUGCAAGAGUUGAAGGGAAGCGUCGUCAACUAUUUCGUUGAGUAUGGUGCCAGCUCCACCCCGGGGGUUCGAACCCAAGCCACCUACCUGCCAGGCACGAAUAAUGCCACCGUGGGACUGCUCAUGCCCAACACGCUGUACGAGUUCAAAGUGAUCAUCUUCAAUGGUGCUUACAAUGUUUCCAGUAAUUUGGCCUAUGCAGAAACCCAGGAUGGAGCACCUGAAGGUUUUGCCAUUCCAACCAUCACUAUCCUGAGUCCCUCAGCCCUACGAGUCUCCUGGCAGUCUCCAGCCCAGCCCAACGGAGACAUACUCAGGUACAAAGUCUAUCGGGACGACACGGAGGUAGCCAUGCUGCCAGCCACCACCUUCUCUCACAUCCUGUCCGACCUACGGCCCUACACCAUCUACAAGAUACAGGUUGAAGUCUGCACCGUGUACGACUGCCUACUCAGUAACGCCACCUUGACCACCACCCAGGAGGCCCCCCCGACGGGUUUGACUCCUGCUAACCUGAGGGUUCUGGGAUCGUCCGUCAUUGACGUCAGCUGGGCAAGCCCAGCUCAGCCCAACGGCAUCAUCCUGCAGUAUGAGGUGUACCGUAGGGCCUACAAGCCCUGUGACGAAGAGUCAGGCCCAGUUACAGGAUUAGACACCUGCUUCUAUUUGGAGUGCAGUAUCACAGAGAGCGUCUGUGGUGGUCAGUGCUACUCCGGCAAUCAGGUCUGCUGUGCUGGGAGUCUCCACAACCAGCGACCCGCCUACGAGUGCUGCGGCACCAACUACCUCCCGGCCCGCGCCUCGUCCACGGACGUGUGCUGCGGCGGCCAGUUCCACUCUUACCAGGCCAACAGCCAGUGCUGCAGGGGCCAGUACGUCAGCGUGCCGGCCGGCCACAUCUGCUGCUCGGACCCGAACGAGAACAGGGUGGUGGUGGGGGCAGGUGACGCCUGCUGCAGGGGAAUACCCUACGACACCUCAGGACCACAGAUAUGCUGUGCAGGUUCUUUCUAUGACAAGACGCAAGGACUGUGCUGCCAGAUGACUUUUGUACCCUUUACUGAUACUUUCCAAGAUGGCUUCAACAGCCAGUGCUGCGGCACCUCUGUGAUCGGCACGGACCAGGUGUGUUGCCAAGAGAAUGACCUCACCAUGACCUAUAACCCCGAACCCAACAAGGUUUGCUGCGGCGUUGAUUACGUCGACCCAGCCGUCACACUGUGCUGCUCGUCGGAAACUGGCGUCGUCAAGGCGCAUUCUUACCCCACGCCACAAGCCAAGCAGUUGGCCAAUGACCAGUGCUGUGGCGCCGAGAAGAUCAGCCCCUCCCAGGCUUGCUGUAACAGCAUGGGCUACAACCCCCUGACGCACGUAUGUGCAGACAGGGGCACAAACGUGGAGGGGAACUGCGGUGGGGGCACAGUGUGUCCUAUCAGCCAGGCCGCGACUGCCUACUGUAAUAAGUGUGACUUUGACAGGAACACCCGCGUGUGUGCCACAGUUGAUGGUCAGUACAGGCCCUCUCCCCCACCCCCCACUGGCACCACCCCUGGGGAUGGAGGCCUCUGCAUGACUGCCCUGGACAGUGUGGCCGUCACAGGGCCCAACACCUACUCCUAUUUGGAUGAAGAUCUGUUGCCAUACACAACCUAUGAGUACGCCAUCACGGCUCACAAUAGUGUCGGUAGCGCCACCAGCGAGUUCAGCAGCGCUCGGACCAAUGAAGAUAUCCCCAAAGGGGUGGCUCCCCCCGACUGGCGAGUAGGAGUUGGGGUGCUGGAUACGAUCAUUUUGAGCUGGAAGCAGCCAGCUUUCCCAAAUGGUGUCAUCACUACCUACAUCCUGCGGCGCGACAACAUUGAGAUCUACCGCGGCCUGGACACGUCGCUGGAAGACAGCCGCGGCAUCCAGCCAUACCAGCACUAUACCUACGUGCUUGGGGCCUGCACCAGUGUCGGAUGCGCCAACAGCGAGGCAGUGAUUACGGCUACCUUACAAGAUGCACCAGCUAACCUCUUUGAUCCCGCAGUCACCUCACUCGAUGCCAACACCAUCCAGAUCACGUGGCGUGAGCCCGGCAGGCCCAAUGGCGUCAUUCAAGAAUACAGAAUAAGAGAGAGCAAUGCAGCAGACCCAAUCUAUGUGGGGGAUGCAACCGUUUUUGAGUAUGUCCACAGAGGUUUGCAGCCCUACACAAGUUACCAGUACACCCUGGUUGCAUGCACCGCCGCUGGCUGCACGUCUAGCAACCCUGUCAGCAUCACCACGCCGGAGGCACCCCCACAAGGUGUGUCCAGUCCAGUCCAUGUUGUUAUCAGUGCCACCAUGCUUGAGUUGUACUGGUCCCCACCAACCACUCCCAAUGGCAUCAUCACAUCCUACCAGCUCUACCGCUUCAACCAACUCGUCUACUCUGGUGGUAACUCUGGUCUGAUGUUCACCGACACCAACCUCACCCCCAACACCCGCUAUGAGUACACGCUCCGAGCGUCCACAUCUGCUGGCGGUACAAACAGCUCUGUCUAUGCCUGCCAGACUCCCGAGAGCUCUCCCGAAGGAAUCCCGACCCCUAGUCUCACCGUGCUGAGCUCUUCUUCCAUCAGGGCUACCUGGCAAGCACCGGUCACCCCCAAUGGAGUCAUCCGACGCUACGGCGCGGUCAUACUCAGUGGUACUCCGGAGCAGAGACCAUAUUUCAGUGGUUUAGCUACAUCCCUAGUCAUCAGUAACUUGACCCCCUUCAGGCUUUACGACAUCCGAGUUGAGGCGUGCAACGACGGUGGGUGUGGACACGGACCCAAGGCAUUUGCCCGCACCUUUGAGGCCCCACCCCAGGGGCAGGGACCACCGACGCUAGUCGCAAGUGGAGCCACCGUCGUGGAGGUGUCCUGGGACCCUCCCACGUACCCCAACGGCAACAUCACCAGGUACAUGGUGCACCGACGGCAAUACGGUACCAAUCAGCUCUACUUGGUUUACCAAGGCGGGGCAUCUCAGACAAGCUUCGUCAAUGCGGGAGGUGGACUCUCCCCAUUCACUUUGUUUGAGUACAGAGUCACCGUGUACAACUCAGAAGGGAUGGACGAGGGCCCCUGGGCCAAUGUACGCACCUUGGAGGCCCCUCCACAAGGAGUAGCCCAGCCAGAGCUCGUGGCCAUCAGCUCCUAUGCCAUCCAGGCCAGCUGGGGGUUGACUGCCUUCCCCAACGGACUCAUCACAGCCUACAGACUGGAGUACCAGGAGAUAUCCAACGAUCCCACCCUACCCAACCCAGUUGUUCCUGCCGCGACUGUCGAGGGGAGUCUCUUCCAGACCACCUUCUACGGCCUGUCACCAUUCACGUCCUACCAGGUGCGCAUCGUCGCCAUCAAUGGGGCUGGUGAGACAGCCGGGCCAUGGGGUCAAGUUACAACCCAGGAAGGAGUACCGGCAGAGAUUGGGCAGUUCACGGUGGUACAACAGUCGGACGGCCGGUCACUGGUGCUGCGCUGGCCAGAGCCUGGACAACCCAACGGACACAUCCGCGAGUACCGCAUCUAUGAAGAUGUUUACCUGAUCACGCCCAUCUACAUCGGACUGACACGGGAGUACCUAUUCCGACGCUUGGAGCCGUACACAGAAUACGUCGUCGUCUUGGAGGCCUGCACGAGUAUCGGUUGUGGGAGGGGGGAGCCACAGAGUGUUGUAACAGCCGAGGUGGCUCCUGAAAAUCAAGCUCCGCCCACUCUGGGGGAAGUCACUUCUACAUCGGUGCAGCUAAUCUGGAGCCCGCCAGUCAGUGCCAAUGGUAGAAUUUUGCGGUAUGACAUUGUGCGACGUACAGCAACGUCCAGCAGGCGUAGACGUGACACAGAUUCCAGCCUGUUCACUGACACGCGGGUUGUCCACCAGGAAUACAACACCCAAGCCACGCAGUACAACUUCACCGACUUCUCCCUUCAGCCACACAAGCUCUACGAGUAUCGCGUCAUGGUGGUGAACUCCAUCGGCCAAGCCCAAAGUCCCUGGGUGUCGGUCCGGACUGAACAGGCUCCCCCAGUGGGUCUGUUAUCCCCCGUGGUCUCACACGUGGCGAACGACCCCACCACCUUGCAGAUCCAGUGGUCCGCACCCUCUCAGGCCAACGGGGUCCUCACAAGGUACUUGCUGAGAAGGAACGAAAGUGCCCCGUUCAGCUUUGAGACACCAUUCAGUUUUGAGCACACAGACCAAGGCUUGGUUGCCUACACGGUGUAUGCUUACACCAUCACAGCAUGCACAGAUGGGGGCUGCACCGAGAGUGAUCCCACGUAUGUACGGACUCUGGAAACAGCUCCAGGUAAUGUAGCCCCUCCAGUGGCUGCCCCUAUCAGCUCCUCAUCCAUCCACGUCAGCUGGACGAGCCCAUCUCUGGAUGCUGGUGAGAUCAUACGCUACGAGUUGAAAAUAGAUGGGGCUGUGACGUACUCUGGUUCCGGUCUGGAGCAUACUGCCACGGCACUGAUUCCGUAUCGGGAGUACUCUUUCACAGUUGCUGCCUGCACGAUUGGGGGUUGCACCGAGAGCCUGCCGACACUGAGCAGACCCUUUGAAGCCCCACCUGUUGGUAUGAACUCGCCCGUCUUGCGAGCCCUGAGUGCCAUUGCCGUCGAGGCAUCUUGGACUGAGCCAGACAUGCCCAAUGGCUUAAUCCUUCGUUACGAGCUGCGCAGGGACGGGAAACUGGUGUACGACGGUGCAGCCAUGAGGUUCCAGGACUUUGGUGACGGGGGUCGCGGAUUGACUCCGGGACAGGAGUACUCUUACGUGGUGACGGCUUUCAACAGCCAGGGGCAAGCCAUCAGUGACCCAGCCACCGUCCUGACCUCGUCUUCCUCACCAGCUGGUCUAAACUCUCCUGAGCUCACAGUUCUCACCUCCUCAUCGAUCCGAGCAACUUGGUUACCCCCGAUCUACCCAAAUGGAGAGAUCCAGAACUACACCCUGUACGUGGAAGGUAACAUCAUUUACUCCGGGAAGCAGUUCAGCUUUGACGUCCAAAACCUUGAUUUCUUCACCGAGUACGAGUUCCGCAUUGGGGCCUGCACCUCCACCGGGUGUGCCCUGAGUGACCGCGCCCAUGCCCGCACCUUGGAAAAUGCCCCCACCAGCCAGCUGGCCCCAACCCUCACGCCCCUCACCGACAACCUGGGCGUGGCCAGCGGUGUGUUGGCCGAGUGGGGCCUACCGCAGAAUCCUAAUGGCCGGAUCCUUGACUACAAGCUGUACCGCCGGCGAUUCUACCGGCAGACCAACACCCGCGAUGACCCAUUGUUGAUUUACGAGGGUCCCAACACCAGGUACACGGAUGGGGAUUCCACGCUGAUUCCAGACAAGACAUACGAGUACAUGGUGACCUCCAGGAACUCGGUGGGAGAGACGUCAAGCUCUUGGGCAGUGGUUAGAAUGCUGGAAGCUCCCCCAGAUGGCUUACAACCACCCCAGUUAACGGAUGUUGGAGCCACCAGCCUGACUGUCAACAUUCUUGCUCCCAGUCAGCCCAAUGGCGAUAUCUUGAGUUACACCAUCAUCAGGAAUGGAACAGAGCUGAUCAUCACCACACUGACCAGCUAUCCCGACGGCCAGCUCCAGCCCUACACCGUCUAUGCCUACUCAGUCAAGGCCUGCACGGCUGGGGGAUGCACCACCAGUGAGCAGGCCACCAUACAGACCAGCCAGGCCUUGCCCAGUGGCCUUGCCCCACCCACGGUCAGUGAAGUGGGCACGACGUGGGCCCACGUGGGUUGGGCGCUGCCCGCUGAGACCAACGGGAUCAUUGUAAGAUACGAGCUUCACAUGAGGGCGUCGUGCCCACCUACUAGCCAGCCCUUCACCCAGACCUGCACAGAAGCAGGGUACCAGACCCUAGACAAGGCCCUGCUGCUGUCUCACAAUGCCACAGGGCUGCAGCCCUACACCAACUAUGAGUUCAUGGUGAAGGCGUACAACACGGAGGGACCGGUGCAGUCGCCGCCGACCGUGCAGGCUACCCUCGGCGCAGCUCCAGAAUACAUUCCUGAAAUCAAGCCAGCCAUCUUGACCAAUGCCACCAGCAUGCUGAUUAGCGUCAGCUGGGUGGGUAGCUUCCGACUCAACAGCAUGCUGACAGAGUACCAGCUGACGGAGAAUGGGGACGUGGUGUACAGCGGCACUGCCACUGGUGUCAAGCGACCGCUCAAAGCACAGAAAUACGAGUGGACGGUGAUGUGUAGGACCACCGUAGGAUCUGUGUCCUACCCAACCAUUAUCUAUCAACCUCCAGAUUCCCCUGGCGCGACCCAAGAGCCCCUGGUGGCAUGGUACACCUCGCCCUGGUUCAUCGCUCUCAUAGUCCUGGUAGGCGUGGUCAUCCUCUUCAUCCUGAUUGGGGUCCUUCUGAGCCGGACGGGCCCACUCAAGCCCUAUGAGAGGGAGCGCCGGCCCCUGCCCCCACGGCAGAGGCGCGGCAACUUCACCUUCAACACCUGCGGCAAGUUCUCGGAGACGGAGAGCAUCCUGGACCCCAUCCCACAGGCCAUCAGCCGCUCGGCCAGCAUGCACAGUCUGCGCAAUGCCUACACCAACCCCACCUUCCUGGACCCCGGUACCCAACCGGCCAGCUACAGCCGCGGCACCACCCCGGAGAAGCUCAAGCAGCUGGACGACUCGGUGUGGGACAGCCGGGUCCUGCUGCCCAAGCCUGACAGUGGCAUGGUUAGUAUGACCGAUGGUUUCGAGGAGGACACAAUGACACACAUCAGCCAGCCAUACAGCUACACCAAGGAACAGACCAUGUUUACCGACACGCAUCUAUGAGCGAGGUUGGACUCUCCAGGUUUGAGGACUCUGAGAACUAGAUGAAACUGGCAGUGAUAGAUGCGGCAAAACUUCAUUGUCAUGAAGUGAAUGAUUCCUGUCACUGCUGUGAGGACUUUACGUAAAAUCUUAUGCAUUGCCUUCAGCAGAUUUAUGCUCUUUUUAUUAAAUGAAAGUCAGGUUUCUGAAUGCCUUCACAGUGACUAUUUUUUAUGGUCUUAAUUCUGUUUUGUAAAUGUUUUUGUACAUUUCUGUGCUGGCAUUAUCUCUAUUUUUAAUGCAUUUUUAAGAUGAAUUAUCACUCGAGGAAUGGGAUACAAACUCUCAGCAAUAGUAACAAUAAUAGGGCAUUUGUACGGUGCCUUAUUUAAAACGUCUCAAAGUGCCUCACUAAAAAGCUAUAAAACUUAAGUAAUAAGGAUUCCUAGAACCAACUACUGUAUCAAAAUACGUAUAAUGUAACACGGACCAACACGUCAAGAGCAGUAGAAGAACAUAAGCAUUGGUCAAAAGUAAAUAAAACUAGAAAGUAAGUACAAAAGGGAGGCUAGAGUCAGUUCAGGCUCAGGAACUACUAGCAGCAACUGCAAGUCAAAAUGGAAGACUUACACACCAAGUGACAAAAUACGACUGGAUUUAUAAAACAGACCAUGGACUGUGGGAGGCACUCGAAAAUACAUGACAUAAAGUGGCUAACUUAAUUGGACAAAAAGUGUCUUAAAGACAGAUUUACAUCUGUCCGGUGAUUCUGCUAGACAGAGCUCAGUUGGCAGGUAAUUCCAUUCACGUGAAAGAACCGAAUUCUUGUUGGUUAUGUGGUGUUGGCAUUUCAGAUUUUUAUAUAAGAAGUUUAAUGCAUAACUUUUAAUACGGCAGUCUCCUGUACUUAAAUUGUUUAGUUUUAAAACAUACUACAAAUCAUGGGGUCUUUCAAAACACUUUAUAGCGCGAUUUGUUUCAGGAUCUUUGUUGCUGCUUGUAACAUGCUUGUAAAAUACAGCUGUUUUGUACUAAUCAUGCUUGAUGAUGCCUUCAUUUGUAAGUGGAUGCUUAUAUGUCUGAGUGUGUACUUAUUUUACGUUUAAGCAGGAGGUGGAAAGAAUUCAUAAAAAUCUUGCACUAUUCAGACGUUUUGCUUUUUCAUCAUGUAUUUAGAAAAGAGAAGAAAUCCACAUAUACCCAAGUAUCAUACCUUUAUGAUAACACAGUUUAUUUCCCACCAAAUUAUGAAUUCACAGUUUAGGAUGUUUCCAAUUCAACAGAAAUCCCAAACGAAAUGAAACUUCUGACCUACCUAGGGUCUACGAAGUCCACCUGUAGAUUUGCUUUGGGAGAAUGUGUAUGGACCAAAUGUACGUAUACAUCAUGCCCCAUUUUUGAGUUUAGUAGUUUAUGAAUUUUGUCAAAUAUCACCCUGUUUUAACACUCCUUGAGAGCAUUGGAAUAUGUCUUGCCAGGUUUAAUACAAGUAACACACAAAUUGCAAUUGAGCAUGUAUUUUACCAGCAAUAUGUAACCUUUGCUAGAGCCCAGGUAUUCAACAGAAUAUUUAUUAAAAAUCUUUUUUCUUUUUCAAAAUUCCUUCCUUGAGAGAAUCACAUUAAAUAAACAUCUACCAGUUAAGUGGUCGUUUGUCAACAAAAUAUUGGCUUACUUUAUUACCAUGAAUUAAAAAUGGUAUUCCUCACGAAAUAGCAGUUUGUUUGGGAGAAGGAAAUUAAACUGGGUCCAGCCUGCAUUUAUUAGACUUGCAAUUGAAACUCAGAAUUAUAAUUGAAACUGUGAUUUCUCGUUUUUUUGUGUGCUCUGGCGCAACCUGUGUGAUUGUAUGUACUUGAAUGAAAAGAGAAUAAAACAAAGAAUCCUUUCAAACCAAAA